AUGGACGCUGAUAAGCUGAUUGAGUACAUUCAGUACGGUGGAUUUGUGUCCUCUCAGUUGAUUAACGCACUUCUUUUGUACCUUCUUUGCUUUCAAGCAAGCAAUAAUUUUGGACGUUAUCGAAUUCUAAUGAUUGUCUUCUCCAUUUUUGCAAUGAUUUACUCUUUGAUAGAAGUGGUAACAUUCCCGGUUAUGAUGUGCAAAGGUCGAUCUCUUUGUGUUUGCUCUAAUGGUCCCUUCACAUUGUAUCGAUCGAUAGGUGUUCCAUUAUUAUCUAUCUAUUGUGGAUCUUUUGGAAUGUGUAUAUCUUUGCUGGCUCUUCAUUUCUUUUAUCGAUACAUUGCUAUUUGCAAACCCGAAAAACUGUAUUAUUUUGAAGGGAAGCAAAUUAUUAGCACUCUUUCCCCUUGCUUCAUCAUAUUUGUAAUUUGGUCAUUACUUGUGUAUUUUUUCAUGGAUGUCACUGAAGAGAAAGAGCGCAUCUAUCACGAUGUUCUUUUCCGAAGUUACAAUGUGGACUCUCAUAAAGUUUCAUUUAUUUCAAUGCUUUACAAGUCGCCUGCUACUGAAACAUCACCAGAACACUGGAAUUUUGAUCAAUUAGUUCCGUUCUUUGGGUGUUGUUUUAUCAUGGAUAGCUGCUUCUUUGCAAUCAUUUAUUAUGGAUCCAAAGCAUUUUUGCAAAUGAAAAGUUGUGGAACCGAAAUGAGCAAAAAGACCAAAGAACUAAAUCGUCAAUUGUUCUUGACACUUGGAAUCCAGACUCUUCUACCGUUAAUCACCAUGUACGUUCCUGUUGGUUGUUUUAUAAUUCUCCCCAUUUUCGGAGUAGAACUUGGUGUUGAAGCGAACAAAACUGGAGCAUUUCUUGGCAUCUAUCCUGCUUUGGACCCUCUUAUUGCAAUUCUGCUCAUUAAAGAUUUCCGAAACUACGUUUUCUGCCAAAAAAGAACGUUGGCCAAGGUUUCGACAACUUCUGGAAUCGCCAGUAAGAUAACAUCCACGUUUCAAGCA